AUGGCAGAGAUAUAUGCUGAUGCGGCUGCUGCCGCAGUGGGUGCCGAUGAUAGUGAUGAGGAGCUUGGAGCUCCUGCUGGGGCAUUUGUGCCUCCUGGGAACCCGUUUUCCCCAGCGUCUGCUGCAAGCAGAGCACCGCCGAACGAGGAGCGGUUGAUGCAAGUGUUGGAAAACCUGACAACCCUUGUUUCCAACAACACUGCAGCGCCUAGGGAGCAGGCGAUCCGAGGGCGCGACCUUGCAAAGGUCCUCAAGGCUCCUGAGCCUUUCCGUCCCAAGGACCGGGAUGCAGAGCUUUCACUGUGGGCUAAUUGGUCUUGGGAGUUGGAACAGUACCUGUCUUGUCUUGAUCGAGCAUUUGGCGUGGAGCUUCAGACAAUCCGUCGUAGGCCUGCCAAUCCGAUUGCACUUGCAUCCUUGACUGAAGCUGAAGCAGACAGGUCCCGACUUCUUUACGGUGUCUUAGCCGGGCUCUUGCAUGACAAAGGCAAGCGAGUCUUGAAAUCCUUGACAGAUGCAAACGGGUUUGAGGCAUAUAGAAUCCUCAGUCAAGAUUUAAUGCCGAGUUCGCGCAAUCGCAUUUUGGCGUUGUUGCAAGCAAUACACUCGUGGCCCGCAUUUGACAACCGGACCGGCCUUAUGACCCAACUCACCCGCUUCGAGAGUGCGGUGAAUGAAUAUGAAGGCUUGACUGGCACUAGCAUGUCAGACGACAAUCGUUUGGCCGCCGUUCUCCGAUGUCUGUCCGGACAACUCAGGACCCAGGCCACCGUCUUGAUCACAGAAAGCUCCACGUAUCAGGAUCUUCGGAAUUUGAUUGAGCGCUGGGACACUUCCCAGACAAAGUGGAGCACUUCGAUUGCCAGCACGUUUGGCAUUGCAUCUUCGUCCUCAGGCGGUCCCGCGCCCAUGGAGAUUGAUCGUGUUUCCGAGGUACAGCCGUCAGACAGUGCAAGCCAGGCUGCAGCAUCGAGCACGGCAACCACAGCCGUUCGCCGUGUGCAGGUCUUUGAUCUUGGUGACACGUCAAGCUGGUUUGCAGGCGGCCAUGUGCGUGCCGUUAUAGCCGAGCCGGGUUUGAGAGCCAAGGCAAUCCAGUGCCCCACAGGUUGCAUGCCGAGAGGGAUUUCAGAAUUUUCAGAUUUUGAUUUUCUUGAUGCAAUGCGUGCCAGCCACCUUGGCUUGGGAUAUCCAGUUUCAGAUGUCUUGACAAUUUCGGGAGUUGAGCGCUUCGAGUGUUCGGAUGGCUUGAGCGAUUGUCUUGAUAACAUUUUCAACGGGUUUGAGAGCCGAGGCAAUCCAGUCCCCACAGGUCGUUUUGAAUUUUACGAUCAGUGCAGUGUGCCAGAGGGUCCCGGGUCCGAGUGUGACCACAGCUUCGACAUGUCAGCUUGUGAUGCCAAUGCAGGGUCGUGGUGCAUAGCUGCAUCAACCUUUGAUCUUCAGGACGAGUCAGACUGCAGCGGGAUUCCUCAGUUUGUGUGCGCAGUGCAUUCCAUCGACAUGUUGGUGCACGACUCAGAAGCUCAUGAGAUCAUCCUUGACAGUGGAGCAGACAUGAGUUGCCUGCCACUUUGCUAUGCCACGCAUGGCACCAGUCAGGGCGCCGGAGGCUUGGCAUUGAAAGAUGCACAGGGCGAGCCACUUGCUGUGAACGAUUUGAGAGAAGUUGAUUUCGUUUUGCAGAGUGAAGAAGGUGAGCCGAUUGUGUGGCGAGAAGUUUGCGCGAUUGCACCUGUCACUCAGCCUCUCUUGUGCAAGGGCAAGCUCAUGCGUGCUGGGUGGUGGCCACAGCGCAAGCCCACCAUGUGUCUUGAGCAUGACAGUGGCAUCCGAGUGCCGAUGAGCUUCAAGGGCAAUUCGCUAUGCAUCAAAGCUGCCAUUUACCGUGUCGGUGAGCAGUCUGUGAAUCCUGCACUCCAUGUCAGGUUUGUUCAAGCAACGAUUGAUGCAAGCAUGAUUGAUGCACCGUUUGGAUGGCAGAUGUCAGAGCAGGGUGAUAUGUUCUUCCGCGGCCGAGGGUCGCACUUCAUCGAUCCUUCCAUCGUUGCCCCUGUUGGGUGGCCAUGCAGAACCACGCUUGUGAAGCCGUGCCGAGACGGCUACGACCACUGGCUCCUGCUUGAACACUGUGUGAGCUGGGGUGAGCUUCAGGAGUUGUCUGCUGUGCUACCGCACGGGGAAUCCGAUGUUGUGUGUGUGCUCACGACUGAUCGAGCACCGCUUGAGGACAUGAUGAUCAUGCCAAGCAGGUCAGUCAAGGACUACAUCAGUUGGAGCGGGCCGCAGCCAGCAGAUCCCAAUGCAGGGGAGCUUGAUGAAUAUGAGCCCAGUGAUGAUGGAAUGGCAGAGGCUUUCGAGCCCGCCGAGGUGAGUGUGUCUCCCUUGCCUGAUGUUGAAGUUGCGGAUGCGCCGAUGCCGGAGCGCAAGAGUGAGCGAGAUGUUCUGGUGUAUGAUGGCGUCGAGUUGUCUUUGGCAUCGUUGAAGUGUUAUCUUGAGAAGCAGGACAUUGCUCUGAAGAGUGAGGUUGCUCAGGCAGUCGAAGGCGACAGCACGCGUGUUGCAAAAGGUCAGGCAAUGAACAAAGAGCCAUCGAAGGCCGAACGUGAUUUGCACAAUCUCACUCACUGGCCUUUCCAAGGCUGGUGUGAUCACUGCUUGUCCAUGCGCGGGCUUGAGGACCGACACCAGUCGAUCCCCGACAGUCCCGACCGGGACACUCCAAUUGUAAGCUUCGACUUCUGUUACACUUCCGUGACCACAGAUGAUUCAGACCUUCAGCACCACAAGCUCACAAUUUUAGUAGCGCACGAUACAGCGACAGGUUCAGUUUUCGGACUUCCGGUUGCAAGCAAGGGUAAAGAUGAUUUGAAAUUUGCAGCGAUCGAACUGACCAGAUUUGUGCAGUCGCUGGGGCAUAACACGAUUGCCCUCCAUACCGACAAUGAGCCAAGCACUGUCGCGCUGCAAAACUUGAUCAUCGGUGUCCGAACAAGAUUGAACUUCAAAACCGUUGUGCGCAAUGCUGCUGUCGAGUCCCAUGCCUCCAAAGGGUAUGUGGAAAAGACGGUUGAUCUGCUGCGAGGGCUUUCCAAUGUUUUCCUUGACCAGGCCCGUGCCAAGUUCGGUUUAGGCCCUGAUUACCUAGGACCCAGUCACCCCUUGAUGGCAUGGAGUUACGUGCAUGCAGCGUUCAUCCUUAACAGGUUUGCUGUCAGAGGAGGUGCCACCGCUUUUGAGCGAGCAACCGGGUUCAGGUAUUCAGGCAAGCUUGGAAUGUAUGCCGAGCCCGUCUGGGGCUACCGAAAAGGGAAGCAAAAAGGCGACCGCCGAUGGCACAGAGCCCUCAUGCUGACUAAGAGUCCAAGCAAUGACAUAUAUGUUUUGUGCAACUCUGCAGGAGUGUGGCUCACCAAGUCAAUCAGGCGAAAUGACAAGUCGUGGGAGUCCGAGCAGAGUCUGGCGAUUGAUGCCAAAGGAUUUCCUUGGGAUUAUCAGCUUGGUUUGCUUGGCACAAAGGUUGUUCCACAGGCUAGGCAUCGCGUGCCCAAGCCAGCUGACAAGGGUGAGCCCGAUGCUCCCCAAGGUGAGGUUCAGGUUGAGGCGCCAAGAAUGCCAGACAUGCCGGAAAUGGCGGGGAUCCCUCCUGCACCUGUGCCAGCUGAGUCAGUGCAACCGCCAAGCGUUGCGGCGGGGACCCCAGCGCCUUCUUCGAGAGCCACGCUUCUUCUUGACCGGUCUGAUCGUGCUGCGACAAGUGUUGUUGAGCCUGCUGCAGUCCCAGCGCCGCUUGAAUCACCAAUGGAAGUUGCUGCUUCUGAUCCGCCGUCUCCUGAAGGCGGAACGCCGGUGAUACCGAUGACAGAUGAUGAUCUUCUCAUCGAUGUUGCAAAGCGGGCGCAAGAUGCUAUCGAUUUGCAGCCCAGUGGGCAGGCAUCCAAGUACCAGCGCAUCGCCAGGGUUGGCGCUGAGGAGCUUCCCAUCAAUGAUGAGGUUCUUGAAUCAGCCCCUGAGUGGGAGGAUGCUGAAAGGUAUCUUGAGUUGUCAGAUGAGGCUGCAGCUGAAUGGGACGUGACCAACACUGAGGACAGCCAUGCCCUUGACAACGAAGAGUGUCUUUGGUAUGAUUCGAUCCCUGAUUUGUCCGAGCAACAGCAAGAGGAGCUUGAUCGAAUCGCUGAUUCUUUCGAGGUGCAACGCUUGCUUCGCAAAGGCGUCCUUGAGGAGAUCGGGGAUGAAGUGGACACGUCGGACCACAAGGAAUUGUCUUCGAAGUUCGUGAGGACAUGGCGUAAGAAACUGCACAAAGACAAGAUGAUGUACUUUAGACGGUCCAGGCUGGUAGCUCGCGAGUACCGGUGGCUGGAGCGGGACAGAGAGGAUCUUUAUGCACCAGCAACGUCAGCCAUCACCACCAAGCUUUUGCCGUGGCUGUAUUGCGAGCUCAGCCGGCGAGCCAGAGAGUCUCCUGAUGAGACCGACCGCAUAGGAGUGAUCGCGCUUGAUGUGCGUGACGCUUUUCUUAACGUCCCUCAGGAGCGUCCCAUGCUGGCCAAGAUCCCUGGAUUUGCAAGCCGAAUGCGGUUUCUCAAGAUGCUCCCUGGACAGCGGGACGGGACAGCCCGAUGGCAUCAAUUCAUCAUGAACUACAUCCGCGAGGAGCACAAGCUCACAAGCUGUGCUGAGUGCCCAUCGGUGUAUAAGAUCGUUGAUCCCAAGGGCCGUGUAAACCCCGGGUUGAUACAUGUAGAUGACUUGUGCCUGGUUGGGUUUGUCCAGUGGCUUCUUAAAGAGCUAGUCCCAAGCUUUGAGAAAACCUUUGAAGUGUCCUACGAGGUAGCCUGCAUGCCUGGAGACAGCUUCAAGUUUCUUAAAAGAGAGCACAUAAUUCUUGAUGAUGGGAUCUUGAUAAAGCCACUUGCGGACCAUGCUGUGAAUAUGGCAAACCUUCUUGAUGUGCCGUUGCAUCGGAAGUUCCCUACGCCGUGCACCAAGGAGCUUCUCAUGCCGGAUGCAAGCAAGGAGCUGGACUCUGCUCGAGCAGCCAAGUACCGCAGCGCCGUUGGGAUAGGCAUGUAUGUGUCACAGGAUCGGAGUGACAUUGCUUUCACGGUGAGGGUGUUAGCCCAGAACCUUAAAGCACCGACCGAGCGCGGCUGGCAGUUUGCGCAACGCCUUGCAGGGUAUCUUGUUGGAACGGCCGGCUACGCAAGCAAGGUGCAUGCCAAGGGCGAUCGAGCAAGCAUUCUUGAGCCACCUGAUGCCGAGGAGUGUCUUGAUGGCGUUCGGCUAGAGGUGUUCUGUGAUGCAGUCUGGAGCGGCAACAAGCAGACUCGCCGGUCGAUGAGCAGCAGCUCGUUCUUUUUGAACAGCUGCUGCGUCUAUACUUCCUGUAAGAGCCAACGCUGCGUAAGCCUCAGUAGUGCGGAAAGCGAAUUUUACGCCCUGGUAUCCGCGGCGUGCGACGGCAUCUACCUGAAAAGAGUUCUUGAAUACCUGCUUGAACUACCGGUAGAUCUUUUGAUGAGGACUGAUAACAGCUCCUGUCGCCAGAUAUCUUUGAAGCAGGGUGUAUCAAAGAUCAGGCAUCUUGAUGGAAGGUUCCUCUGGGUGCAGGAGAAGACAGCCGAUCGCACACUCCGUGUACAGCCGGUCGAUGGGAGAAGGAACCCAUCGGAUCUGGGAACCAAGGUGCCGUGCUCAGGAUCCCGCCUACGUGCUUUGUUGUGCAUGCAUGACUUUGUGUGCUGUGCGGGUGACUGCAUAGAGGAGGUAGGCCGUGCAGAGCAUGAUGCGUUGUUGGAGCAGUUGCAGCGUGAGCGUGAAACACAGAGAGUUCGCAGACUUGUGUGUAAGACGCUGAAGAGCAACGGGAUGCAAAGCUUCAGCACUGCAAUGAUGGUGAUGAUGCUGUCGCUUGUGCAAGGUGCCGAGAGCAGUGGUACCAGGCGUGAAGUCGGUGUGCAGACCGAUGAUGAUGCACGGUGGGCGCAGUCGCUGGCCGUCUUGGUGAUUUGCACAUGUGCUAUCCUUCUUGCCUUGAAAUCUUUGAGCCUUGGGCGGAUAUGGACCACAGAGGGCAAUGAAGAUGACAUCACCUUGAACGUGAGCAAUGCCAGCACCUCCACUGAAGAAGUGUACGAGCAGGGAACCGACGGUUGGUGGAAUUGGGUUCCAUUGACUUUCACCUGCAGCCUUUCAGCGUUCUGCCUGGCAAUCAUGAUGUGCCUGCGACGGGUGCGAGCCGCACUGCAUGCCGCUGAGCAGGAGAACGAGCGCUUGAGCAGAUUGAUCGCUGAAAUGAACUACGACCGUAUCGCUUGGGGAGAAUACCACGAGGCGAAAGAUCGAGCAAAAGAGAGAACGAUGCCAGUGCCAGAGCCGAACCGUGCUAUCUUCAUAGAUGGCGAUGCCGCACGCGGUUCCAACGAUGUGAUCCAGCAUGUCUUCUUGCAUAUUGGAAACUUUUGCUUGGCUGCAGCUACGCUUGAGGAUGUACAGGCAAUCGUGGAUGAUUCGAUGAGUGAUGUUCUUAAGAUUGAGGAUCGUGUGGCGCUUACAGAGUCAGUGCAUAAGUGGUGCGCGCUUCAUCAAGGGACAGUGGAAAGGACUGUUCGCGAGAUCGGGCAGAAUGUCCGACGUGGGCCUUAUAUCCGUCGUGGGCCCAGUGUGACGGCUGCCGAUUUGUAUGAGGGGCUUUUGGCUUCUGACCCUGUGCUGGGUUUGGCUGCUCUUGAGAAGAAGUUAAAGCUUCGCAAAGCUGGAACAGGGGCGCGUGUGGAAGCAGAGGACUUGUGCAGGCGAAAGUUUCCGGCAAUUGCAGUUGACCCCGGAAGCCAUCAGCAAGCGGUGGCCGAGCCACCGAAGGACCAGCCGGCGCCUUCUCCGGAGGAUGCAGAUGAGCGUUGCUUGGAGACCAUUCCUUUGUACAGCAUCACUCAGGUUGCACCUCCACCGCGGCCAGAUCCUUUCUGGCCACAGCGACGGUUCCGACAGUGGGACAAUGAUUGGUCCGAGAGCCCGGCCAAGUGGCAGCGAACAGGCAAAGGACGUGGCCAUGGAAAGGGCAAGAACGGCAAGGGGGGCAAGGCCAACCGCGAUGAAUCCAAGGGCGAUGGCAAGGGCCUCGGCGGUGGCAAGGGCAAGAGUGAUCAUGCGCUCUGGACACACACGCACGGGAUGGAGAUAUCCGAUCACACUUACAGCAGCUCUGCACGUCGCGGGGCCAUCCGUUUACAGAGGCAGCAGGGCUUGUACUUCAUUCUUGAGCACCCUGAGGAUCUGGGCCGUGUGCCGUCUGGUGAGAGGCCUGCUUCCAUUUGGUCUUUUGAUGAGGUUCGUCAGAUUUGCGCUGGAGGCGAUGUCAGUUGCUGGGCAUUGCAUCAAUGCCUUUUCGGGGCUAUGUCUUGCAAACCCACUCGCUUGUUAUCCAAUCUGCCCGGAGCAUUGAACUUUGGGAUACAGAUGCCAUGUUUCAAUGAUGACGGGGACUACGUGGGGCCGCUCUUGCGCUGUCCGCAUUCACAUGCAGAUCGAGCCUGCGGUUUUCAGGAUGGCACUUGGAAAUCGGCCGCCACGGCGGCUUACCCUUCGGAGUUCGCUGCUUUCUUCGCCCGUCUCUCUUUGAGUGUGAUGCCUGAGCUGAGGGCCGUGGCUGACUCCGACCUGAUCCCAGCCAACAUCCCUUCAUCCGCCGAAGCCUUUGCCACGGAGUGCAUCGCACGCGGUUCUUUCGAUCGUGCUUCAGUUCAGAUUCUUUUCGACUUGCUUCCUAAGACUCGGCCUCAUAAGAUCACGGGCAGUGCAGAACCUGGCACCGCUUUCUUUGGAGGCACUGUGCACCAGGAGGGUCUCACCGCACCGCGGUCCACUUGUUUUACAUUCCCCGAGUCCAUGCGUGUGAUCAAUGCUUUUCUUCACUCCGUGGACCCGCACCACCGUUACGCUGCUUUUGUUCUCACAAAGAACGUGACUAGUGAGGUUCAUCGUGAUCCGCGAAAUGCAGCUGUGCCCAACAUGAUUGUAGCAGUUUCCUCCUUUACUGAUGGUGGCAUUUGGAUACAGGAUGACUCAGGUACCCAGGUGCGAUCCUUUCACGGCUCGCCCGUCACAGGCACUGUACACUCCUUACAAGACGGACCCGUCUACCUGGAUGCCCGUGGAUGUUUGCAUGCUACCCAACCUUGGGUUGGGGAUCGUCUCAUCGCCAUUGCAUACACCCCUCAGAACAUGCACCUGCUCUCUGUUGAUGAUUCGGCUUUUCUGGCUUCAUUGGGCUUUCCUGUCUUGGAUUCCUCUCCUGCGGGGGGGGAGGCACCAGCGGAAUCCUUCGUUUCCUCAGACAACUUCACCUUGGCUGCAGCAGUGCCGGCGAUAGACAACUCAGGCACUGGAGAUGCUCAGGAGGUCGUGGUGAUCGAUCAUGAGGAGUCGGCCAGGGAAGCUUUUGACCCCAAGACUAGUCGCGCUUUCGGGCAGCCCAUGAUCUGCAAGUUUGAAAUGGGCAAGCAAGAGUUUGUGGACGGCUUCGGGUUGUGUUCGCCUGGCCGUUGGGCUCCCGAGGCGAGAGAGAAGUUGGCGUCGAGUGAUGAGGUGGCACAUGCAGAGGGAAUUCGCGGAUUGCUACGAGACUUUGUGAUUGAUCAGCUGAAAGACCCCAAGGACAUGGCGUUCCGUCUCGCGACGGGCCAUGUGAAGAAUUCUCCUUUCGCGGAGGCUGCCUUGCAGAAGUUGAGGCAGAGGAUCGUCGGGUUGAUCCCAGGGGCGCCUUCAGACCUGCUGCGUGUUCCCGAGCGGCAGCCGUUCCACUUGUACAUGCUGGCCGAGUCGCUGAGGCUACUUGGUGACCCCGACUGGGAGAUUCUUGUGCAGGGGGAAGAGUGUUAUGCCGAGGGGAUGCCGGUGGGCUUCGACUCGCCACUGCCAACGGCGCCGCAGGUGUUCCGGCCGAGGGACCGCUUCCGCAAGCUGGAUGAGAGUGAGUUUGAGCCGCAGAUGCAGAACUACUCUUCUGCCGAGCUGUCUUCAGAUAAGAUCGAAGAGCCUAGAGAUGAGAACACUUUGUCGGAUGCCAUCACCAACCACGACUUCUCGAGUUUCUGCCCGGAGCUGAGAGAGUGCUUUCUUGGAUUCGCGUGUCAGCUUGCAGCGAUUGGUUUCGAGGGAGUCGGCAAUGUCUCGCCGGGAGAAGGAGACGAGCAAAACACCUUGGUGAUCCUUCACAUGUCGGACUGGCUGCCUUCCUUCGGGGGGGGUCUCGAGGCAACUGCGACCGUCAUGUGA